AUGGACGGCAUCGUGUCAACGACACGGACUGUAAACUAUGAAUCAAAGACGCAUGCCGUCAUUGACUCUCAGAUUUCAGGGUCAUUCUCGAUUUUAAUCCGACAAGUUGAACGGUCUUUUGUGAGGCUUAAUAGCAUUCGUUGUGAAAAUCUGCUAUCACAAAAGACCCUACCUGCAUCAGCCGCAAUCGUGUUCGAGAUCCCACCUAGUUUUCUUCUUGCUGGGGAAGAAAUUUGCAGUGGUUAUGUGUGUAACGCCUUGUCUAAGACAAUCAUAGACAGCUGGAUUCAAGGGCUCAUCCUUCCUCAAAUCUGCAAAGAGGCCAUUGAACUAUCCAAAACAGGUCAUGGUUUCUUGGUUGAAGCUCAAGUUGAAGCGGUCAAAGAAACAUAUAUCAAUGACGUUGUUGACUUAAACGAUUACGACUCUAAAGGUCAAAGAAUACCAAUAAAACCAGUUUGUCCAAUCUGUCUUAAGGAGUUUGUUCAUAGUACAAGCACCAUCAUCACAAAGUUGCGUUGCUGCAACCAUUGUUUUCAUAGGGAUUGUAUUCUCACGUGGCUACGCCGCAAUCAUUCAUGUCCAACUUGUCGUGAUGAUAUCCACAAUCCCCGACCAAAGAAACAUAUCUCAAAGACGGUGUGUUUAGGUCAAAAACCCAUGGCCAUUAAAUACUCAGAGGCAUGA